AUGGAGUCUAUGAUGAGAGUGAAAAGGUCGCUGAGGACGCCCAUCGGGAUGCUGACCAGCUGUGUGUCGGGGGUGAAGGAGAGAAAGCUAUGUGCCAAACGCAGGAACAGGAGGAGCAGAGGUGGGAGAGGAAGAAGAGGAUGCACCAGGUUGGGGAGGACCCCUUCUCUCCAAACAUCCCAAACCAAAGAGCCGUCGAUCAUCUGCUCGUAUCAGGCGGACCUGGAGAAGGAGAGGCAACUGCGGGAAGCAAUGAACGCUCAGAAGAAUGCAGAGAGAGCAGCUAUGAGAGCUCAAUUCAGGAGAAAAUAUCACCUGACUGAGAGCCCCAAGGACACGAACCACCUGAGGGCUGUUCGAGGGAAAGUGUCGCUCCCCCACAAGCUGUCGAAGAUCAUUCAUCCUGAAACCAAAACCAAGGACGACGGCUUUAAACUGCUGAACGCCUUUCAAGGCCUCAGCUUCGGCCCAGCGGCGCUCACAGGGAGGAAACACAGCGAGAUGUCCACUCCUACACCAGCAACUUGUAAAGUCAUGUGA